AUGAGGAAUGACGUGUCGAAAAGGAAGCACGACACUCUGGGUGACGAAGACCGUCCUGCCUGGACGUUGCCUGGGGUACUCAACAUCCUCAGCGCAGUCACCUCUGACCACUGUACAAAAGAUGUGAUCACUGCCCGACCAAAGCGAAGGUUGAUCACACCCCUUUCAAGCCCAGAACCAACACUCAGCGACAUCAGCGGCCCAGAGGACCCCAUCACGCGAAGCCUGAAUCAUGGCCGGCGACCAGAAAAAGGCCUCUUGUGCCGCCCUAGUGGUCUCGGUGAUCCCGGGAUGCGCUUCUCACUUCCAUCUCGCCAGGCCACGACAGCCCCUGAAUCCCAAGGCUCUUUUCGUUUUCCUCGUCAACAGCCAUCGCCGCCAAGGGAUGACCCGAGGAAAGGACGGGCAAAGCCCAAGGGAACCCAUUGCAAUGUCAAGUAUCUUCCCGAGGAACAGGACUUUAUUCGGUACCACAAGAUUGACCUCAAAGAAUCUUGGAACGAGGUUCUAGAGAGUUUCAAGCCCUUCCAGCAGAGGUUUCCCAAGGAAGAACUUGACCGCAGGGUACAGGGGCUUCAAGGUGUCCACUAUCGCGAGAACUACGCCAUCCCCAAGCCACGCCGUGAGACCAAUGGCCGGAAAACAUGCUUCCUCCCCAAUGGCCACGUGCUUGCACAUGCUUGCAAAGUGCGAGAGCAGAGCGAGUACAAGUAUAUGUACGGGCUCAUCUACCUAUUUCCCGAGAGGGCCAAGGACUACUCCUGGGUGCGCCCCGAUCACCGUCGCUUCGCCGCUGAGCUGAACAUUGAGAGAAUCCAGGACAGGGCACAAGCCAAGCGCGACGCCAUGGAGCGCGGCACCUGGGUCGAGAAGGUGGAAGACAACAGCUGCAUGUGUUGUGAGAGUGAGGACAGGGACAUGCCAGCACAACCUCUGCGAGCUGGACAGAUGUUUGAUCACGACUAUGCAGACGGCCCAGGAUACGACUCGCGGCAUUGA